AUGUUUUUGUUUGCAGGUGGCCGACGAAGCUAUUGGGUGCGUUCGUGGCGCAUUUGGCGUUGGUUCCGGGACUAUUUCCCCAUCCGUCUCAUAAAGACCGCAAAUCUUGAUCCAACUAAGAAUUACAUUUUCGGUUACCAUCCUCACGGUAUAGCAUCAGCUGGUGCUUUCUGCAAUUUCGCUACUGAAGCUACUAAUUUUUCUGAGCUUUUUCCAGGUAUUGUACCUCAUUUACUUACACUUGAGGGGCAAUUUUACUGCCCGUUUCAUCGAGAACUUAUGCUCUUCUGUGGAAUCAAUUCGGUAGCUAAAGAGUCCAUCGUUAAUAUACUAAAUUAUAAAGGCAAAGGGAAUGCGGCCAUAAUUGUGAUCGGUGGUGCUCAAGAAGCGCUUGACGCUGUGCCUAGCACUUUUGAAUCUACUGUACGCCUCAAAUUAAAUUCCCGUCUGGGCUUCGUUCGAAUGGCCAUCAUAAACGGGGCAUAUCUCGUCCCUGUGUUUUCCUUCGGAGAGAACGACAUCUUCUAUCAAGCGCCAAACUCGAUUGGCUCCAUUCUACGCAAAAUUCAGACAGGUUUCACGAAGCUAGUUGGGUUUUCCCCUCCGGUAUUUCACGGACGUGGUGUCUUCCAAUACUCGUACGGUUUUCUACCUUAUCGAAAGCCCAUAACGACAGUGAUUGGUUCUCCGAUCCCGGUUGUUCGAAAGCCUGACCCUAGCGAAUCUGAGGUGCGUGAAUUACAUGCCAAGUACGUAACAGCACUCAAGGAGCUUUUUGAAACGCACAAAAAAGAAGUGGGAGCCGAAAAACUCGAGUUAGAAGUAUAUUAG